GCGCAUAGGAUUACAAUGUCAACCAUAAAGGACAUGAAAAGGAAGCUUGAGGAGCUCGGGGCCGAGUUACCCCCAAAAAACGCAAGGAAGGCAGUUUACGAGGAAUAUCUCAUACAGGCCAACGCUGAGGCCAAUGCGAACGUGGACUAUCAUUCGGAUGGAGAAGAGGGCCCCGUCCCUCAAGAGGAGAAUCACACCUUGACCAUGCUUGAGGGCAUCAGCCACGGGAUGGAGAAGAUACAGGAGGCGUUGGGCAAUUUGGAUCAGAGAGUUGGAGCACAAGAAGCAGCGGCGUCGCCACUGGGAUUACCAUCAACACAUCCAAUGCCCCAGUUUCACGGAGGUGCCCCCGAAGUAACUGCCACCCAUACCACCACCUUAUCUUGCCCUCCCCCGGGGGGUACACACUAG